AUGUCCGGAUUUGACGGAGUUGACCCUCUCGGAGUCGGUGGAUCUUUCCAGGCCCUUUCCGACACUAGUGACGCUUUCAAAGGUAGCGAGGGUGGCAGAUCUAUAUCCCUUAUCGCCUUAGGAUGUGGCGUCAUCGUCGGGGCUGCUUUUCGGAUAAUUUCUGGGGCUGGAUGUGCUUCCGGAGGUGACAGAGCUGUCCUCCGGGUAAUGUCUGGAGCUGAAAGUGCUCCCAAAGGUCGUGGGACUGUCUUCCGGGCAGCGUUGGGAGCUGGAAGUACUACCGGAGGUGGCGGGGCUGUCCUCCGGGUAAUGUGCGGAGCUGGAAGUGUUCCUGAAGGUGGUGGGGCUGUCCUUCGGGCAGCGUUUGGAGCUGGAAGUACUGCCGGAGGUGGCAGGGCUGUCCUCCAGGUAAUAUCCGGAGCUAGAAAUGUUCCCGAAGAUGGCGGGGUUGUCUUUCGGGCAGCGUUUGGAGCUAGAAGUACUGCCGGAGGUGGCAGGGCUAUCCUCCGGGCAGUAUCUAGAGCUGGAAGUGCUCCCGGAGGUGGCGGGGUUGUCAUCGGGGCAGUGUCUGGAGCUGGAAGUGCUGCCGGAGGUAGAGGGGUUGUCAUCUGGGUAGUAUCUGGAACUUGA